UACUCUGCGUUGAGGUGCUUGAUGAAUUUAAAAGAGCUCAGCCACCCCCUCUGCUUUCACAGAGGUGGCUUCUUCCUGGCUUUAGUCAGAGGACACAGGCUGUGCUGAAGGGUCCCACAUUAGGGCGAGGAGUUAAAGGGUGGAUUGUCAGCUGGUCUGAAGCUUUGCCUUUAUUUAUUGGCAGUACAAAUCUGGAAGGGUGGCAGCCUGAUUUUAAUGUUUUGCAAAUGUCUUUUUUAUAUAUUUUUGAAUGACACUUGCUGUUGUGUUGUGUCUGCACUUUAAGGGCACUGCUGUGCUCUAUUGAAUUGUGGGUGCCUACCAAGACCUUCCAUUUAUCACUGCACUGAAGGAUACACUGUCAAGUCCUGGCUGCAAAUUCUGGUUGGAAGAAGAAGCACCCUUUAUAGACAUAUAUAUACAGUAUAUUGGAUUGGAUUCUGUGCUAGGGAAAUAGGAUCUUAAACCUGGUGGUUGUCUCCUCAAAAUGGCUCAUGCUGCUGCUUCUAUUAAAAAAGUGCGGGACCUGGAGCUGCCUUCCAUUGAUGAGAAGGAGAAAGAGAGGGAAAGGAAGAGGCGUAAGAUCUCUAGGGAACGCAAGCGCAAGUCAGACAGCAAUGCAAGCUUCCUCCGAGCUGCACGAUCUGGCAAUUUGGACAAAGUUGUGGAGUACCUGAAAGGGGGCAUAGACAUCAAUACUUGUAACCAGAAUGGACUCAAUGCUCUGCACCUUGCUGCCAAAGAGGGACAUAUUGACCUUGUGCAAGAAUUACUGGAAAGAAGAUCUGCAGUGGAUUCUGCAACCAAGAAAGGAAACACAGCUCUACACAUUGCCUCCUUGGCUGGACAGGCAGAGGUGGUCAAGAUACUUGUAAAGCAAGGUGCUAAUAUCAAUUCUCAGUCUCAGAAUGGGUUUACCCCUCUGUAUAUGGCAGCACAAGAGAACCACAUUGAUGUAGUCAAAUAUCUACUUGAAACUGGUGCCAAUCAGAGCACUGCCACAGAGGAUGGAUUCACUCCUUUAGCUGUUGCACUACAACAAGGACAUAACCAGGUGGUGGCUAUUCUUUUGGAGAAUGAUACCAAGGGCAAGGUUAGGCUUCCCGCUCUGCAUAUUGCAGCCAGAAAGGAUGACACAAAGUCUGCAGCCCUACUGCUUCAGAAUGAUCAUAAUGCAGAUGUACAGUCAAAGAUGAUGGUGAAUAGGACAACAGAGGAUCUGUCUAGUGGUUUUACCCCACUACACAUAGCUGCACACUAUGGAAAUGGAAAUGUGGCCACACUUUUGCUAAACAGAGGUGCUGCAGUGGACUUUACAGCCAGGAAUGGAAUUACUCCUCUGCAUGUGUCAUCCAAAAGGGGAAACACAAAUAUGGUAAAACUUUUGUUGGAUCGUGGAGGACAAAUUGAAGCAAAAACCAGAGAUGGGCUUACUCCAUUACAUUGUGCAGCACGAAGUGGACAUGACCAGGUGGUAGAACUUCUUCUUGAAAAAGGGGCACCACUGCUGGCAAGGACCAAGAAUGGGCUCUCCCCUCUUCACAUGGCUGCUCAGGGAGACCAUGUUGAGUGUGUCAAACAUCUGCUUCAGCACAAAGCUCCAGUCGAUGAUGUAACACUGGAUUACUUGACAUCAUUGCAUGUUGCAGCUCACUGUGGACAUUAUCGAGUAACCAAACUGCUCCUCGACAAAAGGGCAAAUCCUAAUGCUCGUGCACUGAAUGGUUUUACUCCAUUGCACAUUGCUUGCAAGAAAAACCGUAUCAAAGUUAUGGAACUCCUAGUGAAAUAUGGGGCUUCAAUCCAAGCUAUAACAGAGUCUGGUCUCACUCCAAUACAUGUGGCCGCAUUCAUGGGUCACUUGAACAUAGUCCUCCUUCUGCUGCAGAAUGGAGCCUCUCCAGAUGUCACUAACAUUCGUGGAGAAACAGCACUUCACAUGGCCGCUCGUGCUGGGCAGGUAGAAGUGGUCCGUUGCCUCUUGAGAAAUGGUGCCCUUGUAGAUGCCAGAGCCAGGGAGGAGCAGACACCUCUGCACAUUGCCUCUCGUUUGGGCAAAACAGAAAUUGUCCAGCUGUUACUUCAACACAUGGCUCACCCAGAUGCUGCUACAACAAAUGGCUAUACGCCACUUCAUAUAUCUGCAAGGGAAGGGCAAGUUGACGUAGCAUCAGUCUUGUUGGAGGCUGGUGCAGCACAUUCAUUGGGAACCAAGAAGGGAUUUACACCGCUACAUGUGGCAGCAAAGUAUGGAAGCCUAGAUGUGGCCAAAUUACUGUUGCAGCGCCGAGCACCCCCUGAUGCAGCAGGAAAGAAUGGUCUCACACCACUUCAUGUUGCUGCUCACUAUGACAAUCAGAAGGUGGCGCUGCUGUUAAUGGAAAAGGGCGCUUCUCCUCAAGUCACUGCUAAGAAUGGCUACACCCCACUCCACAUUGCUGCCAAGAAGAACCAAAUGCAGAUAGCUACAACACUUCUAAACUAUGGAGCAGAGACCAACAUUCUGACCAAUCAGGGAGUGACACCACUUCACCUUGCAGCCCAGGAGGGUCAUGCUGAUAUGGUAACACUGCUGCUGAAUAAGAAGGCCAACAUUCAUGUCGUUACUAAGAAUGGACUGACACCAUUGCACCUCGCAGCACAGGAGGACAAGGUGAUUGUAGCAGAAAUAUUGUCAGAGAAUGAGGCCAACCUUGAUGCUCAGACUAAGCUGGGUUACACACCGCUAAUUGUGGCUUGUCACUAUGGAAACAUAAAGAUGGUGAACUUUCUUCUAAACCAUGGAGCAAGUGUCAAUGCUAAAACCAAGAAUGGUUAUACUCCUUUACAUCAAGCUGCACAGCAGGGACAUACCCACAUUAUAAAUGUUCUGCUGCAACAUGGUGCCAAGCCCAACGUUACAACUACAAAUGGCAACACUGCCCUGGCGAUUGCUAGACGGCUGGGAUAUAUCUCUGUGGUGGAUACGCUGAAGGUUGUUACAGAAGAGAUCGUCACUACAACCACGACUGUGACAGAGAAAAACAAGCUUAAUGUGCCUGAGACAAUGACAGAAGUUCUGGAUGUUUCUGAUGAGGAAGAUGAUACAAUGACAGGAGAUGGUGGCGAGUACCUACGACCUGAAGACUUAAAAGAACUUGGAGACGAUUCAUUGCCAGGCAGUCACUAUUUGGACGGAAUGAACUAUCUAAGGUACAGCUUGGAAGGAGGCCGCUCAGACAGCAUUAUGCCUAGCCUACGAUCCUUCAGUUCAGACAGGUCCCACUCCGUGAGCCAUACAUCUUAUCUUAGGGGAAGUGCCAUGAUAGAUGACACCGUUAUCAUCCCAAAUGAACAGGUUUCGUAUUUAACAACACACGAAGAGCCAAACACCUACCGAUUUAGCUGGGGGGCCGACAAUCUAGACAAUAUUGCACUGUCUUCUAGUCCAAUUCAUUCUGGCCACAUAUCUCCUUGUCUUGACCGAGACAGCAGUUUCCUUGUUAGCUUCAUGGUUGAUGCCCGUGGAGGUGCCAUGAGAGGCUGUAGGCACAAUGGAUUAAGGAUAAUCAUUCCAUCUCGGAAAUGCACUGCCCCAACAAGAAUCACCUGUCGCUUAGUGAAACGCCAUCGACUGGCAACUAUGCCGCCUAUGGUGGAAGGAGAAGGAUUAGCCAGUCGUUUAAUUGAGGUUGGCCCUUCUGGGGCUCAGUUCCUUGGUAAGCUACACCUUCCUACGGCCCCUCCCCCUCUAAAUGAGGGAGAAAGCUUGGUCAGUCGAAUCCUUCAACUGGGACCUCCUGGGACCAAAUUUCUUGGCCCUGUAAUAGUGGAAAUCCCACAUUUUGCGGCUCUGAGAGGAAAGGAGAGAGAACUUGUGAUACUUCGUAGUGAGAAUGGAGACAACUGGAAAGAGCACUUUUGUGAAUUUACAGAGGAGGAGCUUAAUGAGAUACUCAACGGCAUGGAUGAAGUCCUGGAUUCUAAUGAGGAACUUGAAAAAAAGCGAAUUUGCCGUGUUAUCACUAGAGACUUUCCACAGUAUUUUGCAGUAGUGUCCCGUGUAAAACAGGACAACAACCUUAUUGGACCUGAGGGUGGAAUUUUGAGCAGCAGUGUUGUCCCUCAAGUACAGGCGGUCUUUCCAGAAGGUGCUCUCACAAAAAGGAUCCGUGUUGGUCUUCAGGCACAACCAGUGAUCAGUGACCUUAUAAAGAAGAUCUUAGGCAACAAAGCCUCCUUCAGUCCUAUAGUAACUUUGGAACCCAGAAGACGGAAGUUCCACAAGCCAAUUACCAUGACAAUCCCUGUACCAAAAGCCUCCAGUGAGGCAAUGCUAAAUGGAUAUGGAGGGGAUACCCCUACAUUAAGAUUACUAUGCAGUAUAACUGGUGGUACCACCCCUGCACAAUGGGAAGAUAUCACUGGAACAACUCCUCUUACAUUCGUUAAUGAAUGCGUUUCUUUUACUACUAAUGUAUCAGCCAGGUUCUGGUUAAUAGACUGCCGGCAAAUCCAGGAGUCAGUUACUUUUGCUGGUCAAGUGUAUAGAGAAAUUAUAUGUGUGCCAUACAUGGCCAAAUUUGUUGUAUUUGCCAAAUCCCAAGAUACAAUUGAAGCCCGCCUGCGAUGCUUUUGCAUGACAGAUGACAAAGUGGACAAGACAUUAGAACAGCAGGAGAAUUUUGCAGAGGUUGCAAGAAGCAGAGAUGUAGAGGUGCUUGAAGGAAAACCUAUAUUUGUAGACUGUUUUGGCAAUUUGGUACCAUUAAUAAAGAGUGGCCAGCAUCAUUUAUUUAGCUUCUAUGCCUUUAAAGAAAACCGACUACCAUUAUUUGUUAAGGUGAGAGAUACCACUCAGGAACCUUGUGGACGCCUGUCAUUCAUGAAGGAGCCAAAAUCUACAAGAGGCCUUGUAUACCAAGCCAUUUGCAAUUUGAAUAUUACAUUGCCACUUUAUAAUAAGGAAUCAGAAUCAGACCAAGAACCAGAGGAUGAGGGGACGAUAACAUCCGAAAAAAAUGAUGAAGAGACAGAAUCCACAGAAACUUCCAUUCUGAAAAGCCAUCUUGUUAAUGAUGUGCCAGUUCUAGCAAGUCCAGAUUUGCUGUCUGAAGUGUGUGAGAUGAAGCAAGACUUGAUUAAAAUGACUGCAAUUCUGACUACAGACUCUGCUCAGAAAGCAGGCUCUCUCAAAGCAAAACAUAUUGACAAAGGAGAUGAGGAUCCAGGAGAACCUUUUGAAAUUGUUGAAAAGGUGAAAGAAGAUCUUGAGAAGGUUAAUAAAAUUUUAAGAACUGGAACCUAUACUAAGGAAGUAUCAUUUACUGAGGGAGCUCAAGCUUUAUGGCCUUACAAAAAAGAAGAAGAAUGGGUAAUUCUUAGCGAUGAAGAAGUCCAGGAGGCUAAAUUAAAUGCACAUCUUGAAAUUGAGGAAGCACCAUGUAUAGAAGUUAUAAUUGACAGAGGUGAAAAGAAAAAGAUAAAAUCUCAUCCAGCAGAAAUGGUGAAUUAUCUUACAAAUGACCUAAAUGCCUAUAUCCCUGACCAUGAAGUAACACAAAGUCAAAUGCAAAGAAAAGAACAACGUAAAAUACCUUUAGAGAUUAAAAAACCUAUUAGACGAAAAUUAAAAGAAAGGCAGAAGGAAGAAGAAAGACAAGGACUAACAAAAUUUAGUUCAGAAGAAUCAUUAGACGAUGAAAUAGCUCCAGUGGUAACUGCUGUUACAGAUGCUAAAGUUGUAUCGCCUCCAGUUCAGGAAACACCUAUUGGAUCAGUAAAAGAUAAAGUUAAACUGCUUCAAAAACAAGCUGAGGAAGAGCAAAAGUUAUUACAAGAUGAAAUAGGCCCUAUUGCAUCUGCAAUUAUAGAUGCUAAGAAAGUAUCACCUGUAAUCGAGGAUACACCUAUUGGAUCAAUUAAAGGUAAAGUCCUAGCUCUUCAAAAACAAGUUGAUGAAGAGAAAAAGGCACUAAAUGGUAAAACAGGUAUAAAUGUAACUUCUAUUACAGAUGUUAAAAAAGUAUCAUCUGUAAUUGAGGAGAUGCCUAUUGGAUCCAUUAAAGAUAAAGUUAAAGCUCUUCAAAGACAAGUUGACUCAGAGCAAAAGGCAUUCAAUGAUGAACUAGAUCGUACUGUAACUGCUGUUACAGACACUUUUGAAGUGUCACCUGUAACUGAGGAGACAUCAAUUGGAUCAAUAAAAGAUAAAGUGAAAGCAGAGGAAGAGCAAACUGUAUUAGAUUAUGAGACAGGUCUUAUUGCAAAUCCUGUUGCAGAUGAUGAGGAAAUUAAGGUGGCCCCAAUUAGAUCAAUAAAAGAUAAGGUUCAAGAUCUACAAACUCAGGUUGAUGAAGAUCAAAAGGCAUUAGACAGUGAAACAGGUCUUACCACAACUGAAAUUACAGAUGCUAAGAGAGUAUCACCUCUAAUUGAGGAGACACCAAUUGGAUCAAUAAAGGAUAAGGUUAAAGCUCUUCAAAGACAAGUUGACUCAGAGCAAAAGGCAUUCAAUGAUGAACUAGAUCGUACUGUAACUGCUGUUACAGACGCUUUUGAAGUGUCAUCUGUAAUUGAGGAGAUACCAAUUGGAUCAAUAAAAGAUAAAGUGAAAGCACUUCAACAGCAAGUUGAGGAAGCGCAAACUGUAUUAGAUUAUGAGACAGGUCUUAUUGCAAAUCCUGUUGCAGAUGAUGAGGAAAUUAAGGAGGCCCCAAUUAGAUCAAUAAAAGAUAAGGUUCAAGAUCUACAAACUCAGGUUGAUGAAGAUGAAAAGGCAUUAGACGGUGAAACAGGUCUUACCACAACUGAAAUUACAGAUGCUAAGAGAGCAUCACCUGUAAUUGAAGAGACACCAAUAGGAUCAAUAAAAGAUAAGGUUAAAGCUCUUCAAAGACAAGUUGACUCAGAGCAAAAGGCAUUCAAUAAUGAACUAGAUCGUACUGUAACUGCUGUUACAGACACUUUUGAAGUGUCACCUGUAAUUGAGGAGACACCAAUUGGAUCAAUAAAAGAUAAAGUGAAAGCACUUCAACAGCAAGUCGAGGAAGUGCAAACUGCAUUCGAUUAUGAGACAGGUCUUAUUGCAAAUCCUGUUGCAGAUGAUGAGGAAAUUAAGGAGGCCCCAAUUAGAUCAAUAAAAGAUAAGGUUCAAGAUCUGCAAACUCAGGUUGAUGAAGAUCAAAAGGCAUUAGACGGUGAAACAGGACUUACCACAACUGAAAUUACAGAUGCUAAGAGAGUAUCACCUGUGAUUGAAGAGACACCAAUUGGAUCAAUAAAGGAUAAGGUAAAAGCUCUUCAAAAACGAGUUGAGGAAGGACAAAAACCCCUUUCAAAUAAACCAAGUAAAGUACUAGUAAAACAUGCUUCUUUUGAGUCUGUUACAGAGCAACAAGUUCAGAUAGGCAAACCUCCCUUGUCUCCCUCUGUUAAAACAGAAAGACUGGAAGACAAUAUGUCUGUUCGGGAACUAAUGAAAGCAUUCCAAUCAGGUCAUGAUCCUUCAAAGGCAAGAUCUGGACUUUUUGAGCAUAAAGCUGUAAAUUCUACAGUUAAAUUAUGUGAAUCUGAAAAGAGCGAAUUACUUAAGAUAUACACAUUCCAAGAUUCUGAGGAUGCCAGUAAUAUUAAAGAUGAGCUACAGUUUGAAUAUUCAAAAGCAGAGACAGAAGUACGACACCAUGAAAAUGAAGAGCUAAAGCAAACAGAAACUACUGCUUUAGAGUUAGACAUAACAAAAGAGGAGUUCCAUAUUACUGAAAAUAUGUCAGAGGAUAGAGUGAAACAGGCGAAUGAGUUAUCUGAAUCAAUUUGUUCAGUAUAUAAUCAAGAAAGUGCCAAACAACUUUCUAAAGUGAGAACAAGCAGUAGCGACCAGGAAGUAGAUCCACAGAUUAGCCCAGAUAGAAAAACAUCCACAGAUUUUUCUGAAGUUAUUAAAGAAGAACUUGAGGAUAAUGACAGUUAUUUACAGUUCAAGCUUCUUACAGAAAUGGAAGGGGCUCAGUUAAAUUUAGAUCAAGUUCUAAUUAGUCCAUUCAAUAUUACAUUUCCUUCUGACUAUGAGACAGGGGGAGAUUUACCAGGUUUACAUUUACAAAGCGAGAAAUUUGACGAUAGUUCAGAUAGCCUUAAACAUGACAGAGUUGCAGAUUCUCCUGUCAGUUUAUUGGAUGGAACCCCUCAGAUCAGUUCUGAGGAUAGCUUGAAACAUGAAGGUCUUGCUGAAACUCCAGGGACUAGCCCUGAAAGCCUUUCAUGUUCCCCUAAAAAAUCUGAUAAAGAGACUGAUGAAGGAUUAAAGACCUCUCCAAAUAUAGUAUCAAAUCCAAGUUCAACAUUCGAUGAUCAUGAUCAACUGCUGAGGCUGGAUCAAAUUAAUUCUCUUGAAAGGGAGACAGACAUUUUAGAAAAUGGUUCUAACAAUGGUCAAACAGAAAUGACAAGUACUAUGAAAAACAUCUAUACAGAGAAGUCUUUUGCAACAGAAAAUAUUGCAGGAUGUACUGAAGUAAUAGAGAUUAAUGAAGAUAAAAAUGAACAUUUGGUUACAUUUAAAGGACACAAGGUACUGGAACUUGUUCUCUCUACUCAAAAUGAAGAACCUAGCAGUCCAGUAGCAGAUGAAUCAAUUUCAAUUAGUCAUAAAGAUUCUUUGGAAUCAAGUCCAGUGAUAGAAGACAACUCUUCACAUACAACCCCAGAUUCUUUAGAGCCAAGUCCAACAAAGGAAUCUCCAUGUUGUGAUUCCCUUGAAAGUAGUCCUGUAGAGCACACAAUCAAAUUUGGCAUUUUGUUAAACUCAUUUACUAUUCAUCCCCUAAUUCUCAGGGACCCAGAUGGAAGUGCCGAGGAUGAUAGUGUAGAGCAAACAUCACUUAUGGAAAGUUCAGGAAAAAGCCCACUUUCUCCUGACACUCGAAGUUCUGAAGAAAUAAGUUAUGAAGUCACACCAAAAUCACACGAUUUACAGGCAUUUUCAAUGUUUCCAAAGCCAGGGACAAUUCCAGAAGUUGCUGAAGAAGCAGAAGAGGAUUCAGAAAGGGAGCCAAAGAGAAGAUUUACACCAGAAGAAGAAAUGUUCAAAAUGGUUACAAAGAUCAAAAUGUUUGAUGAACUUGAACAAGAAGCAAAGCAGAAAAGAGAAUUCAAAAAGGAGUCAAGGCAUGAUGAAUGUACAUCAUCUGAUUUAAACUAUUCAAAUGGUGAUAAUUUAGAAGGGGUUGAUAUGAAAUUAGUACAAAAUGAUGAUGUACAUAUUGUAGUCAUGGCAGUAGAAAGCAGAAAAAGUUCUUCAUCAUCAGAAAGUGAACCUGAGUUAACUCAAUUGAAAAAAGGAGCAGACUCUGGACUGUUGAUGGAUCCUGUAAUCAGAGUCCAACCUCCCUCACCAUAUGCACCCAGUUCUAGCUCAAGUCCUGAAGACACAGCCUUUCAACCAAUUGCAAUAGCACAAGAUUCUUUCAAAGCAGAGGUGGGUCAACAAAAUGACAUUAGCACUAUAGAUAAAAAUCAGAAAGAUUUAAACACUCACAGAAGCUUACAUUUUUCAAAUGAGGGCAUUGUGACUAUUACCCCUUGUUCAGAUGAUACAGAGGAAAGACAAAUGGAGGGUGCAGAAAAGAGUGAACCAAUAAGCCCUAAUGGACCAGCAGAAAAAAGAAUUGCAUAUACUUUACAUCUAACAGAAGAGGAAGAGAGACCAGAAGAGAAAAUUCAGCCCAUCCCACAAGAUUUUGUUUGUAAUGAUUCACCUGAAGGUAAUUUAUCUUCAAGUACAUGGGAUUCUUUCAGCGCAGUCAAGAGUAAACAAACAUGUGACGAUAUAAUAGAACAUGAAGAUGGAAGCCUAUAUGUUUCAAGUGAAGACAAGCCAGAAAGCAGUAAACUAGUACUGAAUAAUAUUGGGUCUGCUACAGACUUGACUGAUAAGAGUAAGAGCUAUGAGAAAAUUGUUGAUUUGGAAUUUAGUGAUUUUAUAUCUUCCAAUGCUCAGAUUGGUUCUCAUCAUAGUGAAUCAGUUGAUAAUGUGGAAAAUAAAGCUUCUCAUGAUGUUACUUGUCAGAGUGCACAGGACUUCAAAGUCAUAAAUCAAGAAAAAUUUAUUGGGCCUAUAGAAAGAGAACAGGAACAUUUCAACAAGUACAAAAAUCUACAGCUUUCUAAUGAUGAAAUCCUAAGUAUCCCUUUCAGUGCAGAAGAUAAUGAUGAUGUGCAGAUGGAGAGUGCUGAUGAAAGUGAGCUAGAAAACCCUAAUGGGCAAGGAACAACAAUUAUUUUUCAUGCAUCAUGUUUCACUGAUGGUGAAGAAAGACAAAAGAUUGUGUCACCUGUUUUUCAUCAUAUUGAAUCCUUUGAAGAGGAAGUUGGUUUAGAAUGCAUACCUCAUACUGACAUAUCUCCAAGUACACUUGAUUCUUUUAAAUUAGAAGAGUGUCAGUGUGUUGAUACUAUAAAAACUGAACAGGAAGAUUUAAACAAACAUACAGAAGAUAUUGUCUUGGAAUGUAGACCGCCUCCUGAUAUUAUAUCUCCAAAUGCACAAGUUUCUUACAAAGGAGAAGAGAGUGAACAAACAUUAUAUGGCACUUUAGAGACAGAACAGGAAGAUCAGGAUGUUUUCAGUGUUUCUGCCAAUGCAAAUGAAUCAGAUAAAAUGCAGACAGAAAGUGUUCCCAAAAGCCCAGAUGAACUGACAUUGAAAAGUAAUGAAUCUAAUACACAUUUAAAUGAUUUUGAGGAAGCAGUGAAGAAAGUGGAAGCCAUACCACAUGAUAUACCUGAAGACCAUGUUGGGGUCAAAUGUAUACACCCAUCUCCCAUUGUACAAGAGGCAGAAGAAAGUCCAGAUAAAUUUGACGACACUAAAAAAACAGAACAAGAAGAUAUUAAAAUGCAUUUUCCAACUGAUAAAAUCAAAAGUACUGCUUAUAAUGUUGAUGAAAUAGAUGAUGAUGUGCAGAUGGAGAGUGAAGAUGAAAGUGAGCUGGAAAGCCCUAAUAGACCAGUAGUGAAGACUAAUGUACAUACUACAGAUGUAACUGAGGAUGAUAAGAGACUAGGAAAAAAAGUGGAGGCAGUGUCACAUGAUUUCGAUCAUAAGGAAUUGUCUGAAGAAAAUAUUGGUUUUGAAUGUAUACAUCCGCAUGAUUUUACAACUCCCAGUGUAGAAAUUAUUCAGGAACAUUAUACCACUAAGUGCCUAGAACAUAUGUCAGAUGACAGUAUAACACAAACAACUCAAUGUCACAGUUCUUCUGUGAUAUCAGCAUUUACAAGUGAUUGCAUAGAAACUGAAAAGACAACUGAUACAUUACAUUCUGUAAUUCCAAGUAUAGGUUUUCUGUCUUCGUCAAUGUCUCUUCAAAACAUGGAGAAUAACAUAUCAUUGGAUAGUACAGCAGAAGUUGAAAGUAGCACUUUCGAUCCAGCAGUAAUAAGUCCAUAUGAAAAUGUUCCAUUAGGCCAUUUUUUCACCAGUCAAAAUAUUUUGCUAGAGACAGAGGAAAAACAAAAUAUAUCGCUAACCUUAAUAAAUUCUGAAAGAGAAGUGCCUAUAACCCAAACAAAUAGUGAUAUUUUUGACGAAGAACUCACACAAGAAGACAACGGUAAACGUUCAGCAGAUCUUUUGGAGUCCAGCACAAAACAUACAUCUUGGUGUUCAUCAGCUAGUAGUGAAGAAGAUGAAUGCUGCCCUAGAGCUGAAUUAUCAAGUAGUACAUCAGAUGAUCAGUUUAACAAAGUAAUCAUAACAAGACCUGAUGUUGACUCUGAUUCUUGGAGCUGUAUUAGAGAAGAUGAUGAAGCUUUUGAGGCAAGAGUAAAAGAAGAAGAACAGAAGAUAUUUGGUCUAAUGGUUGACAAACAAUCCCAGGGCACAACUCCUGAUAGCACUCCUGCACGUUCACCCAUAGAAGAUGGCACACCAACCAAUGAACAAAAUCCUUUUUUGUUUCAAGAAGGUAAGCUUUUUGAAAUGACUCGUAGUGGAGCUAUUGAUAUGACCAAAAGGAACUAUGUAGACGAAAGCUUCCACUUUUUCCAGAUAGGUGAGCAUUGUGAUCAAGAGGCCAUAAUUGAAGAAAUCAAAGAGGAGAGUGGUAAGGAGGAAUCUGUGAACCCUGAUGAUUUUCCAGAUCUUUUAGCUGCCGAAGACUUUGAUAAUGUAAACGAAGAGCUACAAGACACUUGUAAAACCUUGUGUGAUACUGAUAUUAAUGCUGAUGAGUUAGACUUAGCAGCAGUUGAUGAUAAUGACAGAGAAGAAACAUGGAUAGAUCAAAAAUCUAGGAUUCCAAUUAACAUGGGAAUUGCUGACUCUGCAGCACCAUCUAAACCAUUUGCCUCAGAAAUUCCUCUUAGUGAGGAGCAGUCAAGAUUCAGUAGUUUACAGGACUCAUCCCCUUCACCACCUGAAAAAUGUGUGGUAAAUCUGCAAAUUGAUUUUACACCUUUUGCUAAAUUGGAGUGCCCUGAGCGGGGUGAUUCUCCUGAUUCUUCACCAGAAGAACAAAAGUCAGUUAUUGAAAUCCCAACAGCCAUUAUGGAAUGUGGUUCUUCUGCUUCAAUUAGAUCAAAAAUCCCAGUAAGAUCUGUAUCUGAAGAGCCUUCACAUACAUUCAAUAUUGACAGUGACUCCUGUUGUCCAACUGAUGACCAUAUUUUUAUGGAAGAUCAAAAGCCAAAAUCAAAGAUUCCUGUCAAAGCACCCUUACCAAAAGUAGAGCAACAUUCUCCAUUGACAGAUACAUCAAGUCUUAAAAUGUCCGAAGUUAAAAGUAAGUUGCCUUUAAAACAAGACAGAAGCAAAUCUGAAUCAGACUCAUUUGUUGAUUUUAAAACCAGGCGCUCUGUGAAAACUAGAAGUUGUACAGAGACUUUUUAUGAGAGCACUGAAAAAUCAACUUGUUUCUCUGAAGAAGAAGAAACAAGUGAAGCCACUAAACCAAUGUCAUAUUGUUCUAGAUUACCAGUUAAAGCAAGGAAUAUAUCUGCCUCCCAAUUAAAAGCCAGUACUGUAACUGAGGAUCAAGACCAGUUUUUUGAAAUGUAUAAAAACUCAAUUGACUUUUUUGAAGAGAUAAGUGAUGAAGCUUCAAAGCUGGUUGAUAGAUUAACACAAGCAGAAACAGAUCAAGAACCUAUAUCUGAUGAUGAGAGUAGUGCCUUUGAAAUCUCAGUGAUUGAAAAUGUUCCAGCACCUGUAUGUCAGCAGUCUGUUCCUGAAGAUCUCUUUGACACAAGGCCCAUAUGGGAUGAGUCUGUUGAGACUCAAAUUGAGCGCAUCCCUGAUGAUCAUAGCCAUGAUCAUUUUCAAGUAGAUUUCCAGGAAGAUGACAGAACAGAGGAAAGACUUGCACAUAUUGCUGAUCACCUAGGCUUCAGCUGGACAGAGUUAGCAAAAGAACUGGACUUUACAGAGGAACAAAUUCAACAAAUACGACUUGAAAACCCCAAUUCGUUACAGGACCAGAGCCAUGCACUGCUAAAGUAUUGGUUGGAAAGAAAUGGAAGACAUGUUACGGAUAUCAGUUUAAAUCAGUGCCUCACUAAAAUAAAUCGAAUGGAUAUUGUUCAUCUCAUGGAGACGAGUAUCCAGGAACCUCCAGGUGGUCGUCCCAACCGCACAUAUGCAGACAUAGAGCAGUCACUCACCAUGGACCGUAGUGAAGGCUUUUCCGAGAUUCAGGAUGAAUUUGGUAGUCCCCAGAAGAAGAUAACUGCUGAUAAUUCAGCAUCACAAGGCAGCGAGAGAGCUGGACCUCCUCCUUUGGUGUCUGAGGAGGACAUUUCAAUCAGUUACUCAUCCUUCCAUGAAAGUGCCUCCAAGCCUGCGGAUGUCGUUGAAAUGCUCCGUCAGUUGCAGAAAGAGGAAGCAGAGUCCGUAAGGGAACAACAAGAAUUAUCAGGGGCAUUAUCUCCAGGACAACAAGACUAUUUUGACACAUCCCCACCUGUAGAGACUGUAUCAUCACCUGUGGAAGCGCAAGAAUUUAUGUUUCGCUCACAAGUUUCUCAGUCUCCCCAAGAAACACCAGAACCAGAGAAAUUUGACCCGCCCGAUCUUUACACUCCAGUGUCUGAUCAGCAUAGUGAUAGUCCUGUUGUGCAAGAACCAUCAGAAUCAUCAGAACAGGAAGACCAAUAUGCAAGUGGAAGUGACCUCUUUAUAGCUGAGUCAUCAGAUGAGACAACAGAGAAAACCAAAAAAACUGAAUAUAGGUCUUUGGAAUCAUUUGAAAAGGAGCUAGCAGAGGAGCUAGGUGAGCUAGAGACCAACUCAGAUGAGGACGAGAUGGUAACAACCAGGGUCGUUCGUCGCCGUGUGAUUAUUCAGGCGGACAAUAUGCCUGACAUUCUCCCUCAGACUGUGACGGAAGAGCAGUACACUGAUGAGCAUGGUCAUAUUGUAGUCAAAAAGGUCACUCGGAAAAUCAUCAGAAGAUUUGUUUUACCAGAUGGCACAGAAAAAGAGGAGGUGAUGGUACAAGGAGGGAAACAGGAUCCGGUAACAAUAGAAGAAGGAGACAGUUUUUCUAAAGUUCUGAAACGUACAGUAGUAGAGAGCGACACGGAGCAGUCUGAGAUUGCUUUCUCUGAGCCCAGAGUUUUAACAUCAGAAUUUGAAGCUGAGCAAGUAGAUGGGCGCAAGGUCAGCAAAGUAAUAACGACUACCAUGGUUCAUGGAGAAAGAAUGGAAAAAUAUGUUGGGGAUCCUAGUUUAGCAUCUGAUUUACCAUCAGCCAAAGAUGACUUUGAACAGGCCUUAAGCUAUGUGGGCGGAGAUGUUAAAUGUAACCUGCCCAUUUUAGAGGAAAAAGAGAUUAUUAAGGAGGAUGGAUCAGUAAUAAAAAGGACAAUGAUGAAUAAAGCCAGAACUCAGAAGAGGACUGUGGUGAAGGACCAGCAUGGGAAACAUGUUUUUGUUGAGCAACUGGAGGAUGUUCCUGAAGUAUUACACAAGGAUGACCUCCAGAAUGACCUACAACAACUUCUCAACCGCUUCUGCGGAGAGGACUGGAAGAAAGAAGCCAAAUGAGUGGCUAUCACACCUACAUUACUACAUAUCCAUAGCUAUGCUAAAGUUGCAUUUUCUUCUCAACUGAAGGCAAUGGGUAUUGGAAGCCCAAUGUAACUCUGACACUUUAGUUCUGCACAUAUAGCUCAAAGGAUUUUUGUUGCGUGUCUGUAAAUGCUACAAUUAUUUGUGACCAAAGAUAGCAUCCUUUUUUUGGAUGGUAUAUCCACUAUACUCACAUUUUUAUUUGGGGCCUUUUGUCCCUUUCUCAUACACGUUGAUGUCAUACCACAGGCCUCUUCAUAGUGAUUGCAAAGGCAACGUUAAAGAUGGAUGGACCAUGUCAUGUUAUUAUAUAUAGCUAAUGAACUUGGCUUUCCAGAACUGCAAAUCAUAAUUAUGCUUUGUCUUAUAGAACACAAUGAAAUGAAUGAAUGGAAUUCUUUAGAAGACCUCAAGCCUUGCCCUGGCCACCUCAAUUUAGAAAGGAAAGAAAGCAGUCUAAGAAGUGCAUGUAUCACAUGAAGGAGCUCUUAAUGACUUCACAGGCUAAACCAUCUAAACAAAUGUAAUAUUUGUUAAAAUAUUAAGAGGAAUCUAGUUAGAUAACCAAUAUGCUGGCUGCUUAUGUAAUGGCAUACAUACACAUUUAAAUAUUCUAGAUUUGACAAAUGACAAGCACUCUAUACGACUACCGAGCUCUUUGUUGGCAGCUGAUGCUGUUCAGCAGCUCAUGGUUUGGUAAAUGGAUAAUAUACCAAGGUGCCCAGUUUGAAUGGAUAGGGGCACUCAACAGAUCCUAAACAACUUCUAGUUGAAGAUCACAGUCUAGAAUCUAGUCAGCAGAUUACAGUGGUCUAGCUUCUAGGCAUCAAGUAUGUAGACUGACGUAACUAGAGCAGUUACUUGCUUUCAGCAAUGCUUUGGCAGACCACAUUGUCUUACUACUAGUGGGGAAAGUCUGGUUUCCGAAGAACUGUAAAUAUUGUAAUGGAAAAGACGUUUCCCCAAUUUCCAUAACAGAGAAAUGAUAUAACUCUCACUGUGUUUUAUCAGGAUUUCCUGUGGCACAUGCAUGUGGCAUUAAAACAAGAAUUGAAUUCCUAUAAUCUUAUGUGGAGCUUGUUAACCCCUUUUUACCACUAAGCAAGCAGGUUUCACAGUUAAGUCCUUUCCUAUUUGUGCAUUUCAUUUCUCCCCUCUCAUAUGCAGGUCUCGGUCUUGCUCUUUUUUUUAUGUCUCUGAACCAAUCCUUUUCAAUCUAUUAUAGCAAAAAUUAUAAAAAAAAAGGAAAUAUUUUUGUCUUCUGUACUUUAUUUUACUUCUGAUUUGAAGUCUGUAGCCUUUUAACAAAUAAAUAAAUAUAUAUAUAUAUAUAAAUAUAAAUAUGUAUAAGCACUAUACAUUUUGAACCCACUUAUUUAAUGUAAGUAUAUAUUGGUUAUCAGAAAAGAACAAAAUGUUCACGUAACCAUCUAGAUGUUGCUAAUUUAUAAAUAAAACCAAGAAAUUAGGCCUUUUGUUAGGAAGUAAACAAAAUGACCCCCGCAGUGUGAUGAAUGUCAGUUCUGUACAUGGGAAAGUACCUUGAAAAGUACACACUUGUUAAAAAUCCUUGGAUUUGUUUAAACAUAGACCUACUGUGUAGCAUCACUUUAUUCUUUCAGAAAUAUUGCUAAAUUACUUUUUCAGAAAGCCAGAUGAGCUAAAUAGAUACCUUCUCCAACAAAGUACUGGCCCCUGCUCUGCUAAAUUAUGAGGAAAUUCCUGUAUAAUAGUGAUGGGGGCCAAAGGAUAGUUCCCAUCAUGGCUCACAAUAGCCUUAGUCGAUGGUGGCCUAAGUCUGGAGGGAAACAUUCUGUUGUGCUAUUUGCAGUGCAGAUGUCUGUGUAACAGCAUAAAUGGUUAAUCACUUUAUUGGUUAAGAUUUUCUUUUUUGCCGUGUUAUCAAACAACUACUGUGAAAGUGACAUUUCAGUUGACGAUUCAGCAUCUUGUUCCCAUGGUGAUAACACUAAUUUAAUAUAUCUACGAGGGCAUGUCUUAGUUAAAAACGGCAAAAGAAAAUUUACACUAACAAUACAUAGCUGCAAUGUGUACAAUGGCUGAUUUAAUUAAAUAAAGUGUUAAAUGUAUUAAA